CUGACCUCUCUCCUGGACAUCAGCACAGUGCAGGUUAUUGCCAAGGUGCUGUGUUCGUGUGCUUCCCUGUUCUUUUUUGACAUGCAGCUCUCCCACUCCUUCGCAUUCCUUCUCGCCAUCAACUUCCUGUGCAGUUUCGGAUUCUGUGAGAGCUCGAGCCAGCGACGUAGCCCAGAGGGUGGAGCCCUUUCGCUUGGGCAGGGUCUUCUGCCGCAGUCCUCUGACCGGGACAGUAAGCCUUCAAAUGACGACAUUGAUGAGCCACAACUGCUCAAAAGACACGAACUGCAGCAGGAUAUGAUUCGUCUGGAGCUUGGAUGAUUCAGGGGGUGAUUUUUGUUGCGUUAAAUAGAGGUUUGUGACAAUUCUCAGAUCAGAAAGUUUUUAUGAUUCAUCGGGUGAUUUUUUUAUGUUUUUGAGUGGAGAUUUUGGAUGAUAUAUUUGUGUCACGAUGUGGUGGAAUCAGGCACUGGUCAAUUUUUGGGCAUGUGGUUUUUACUGUCAUCUUAAAACUUGUUCAUUCGUCUAUCUUUCGAUUUAAAAAGUAUCCAUCUGUCUUUAACAGAAGUCAAAAUAUUUGCAAAUGAAAUAUGUUAUUAAUGAACACAAAAGAUGUUGAGCCAAAAAAACAAAAA